GGGAACAGGUGUGCGUGAUGAGGCUGAUGAGUGCGUGCACCUGCCGCGUGCACCUGCCGCGUGCAACUGCCGCGUGCCCCACGUGCACGAGACCCGCGGACGGAACUAGAAACCCAACAGUGAGAGGAAACUUUAAUCCAGCACAAACCCGCACGUGACCCCGGGGAGAUUCUCACGUGAAAAGAUAAAUAUAAAAGUUUAAACGUCACAGAUUCUUUGUUUUUCCAGUUUUAGCCGCGUGUGGUGUAAUGCGCGCUGCGGCCUGAGGGGGCGCGAGUGAGCUCUCUACACCGCCAACAGAAGAAGAACCUCUGCACUGCGCAUGCGCCUGACCCACCGGCGCUGCACAUAUGAGUUACAUGAGUAACAUCCUGAAGUCAGAACCCUGAACCCACCCGGACCCACCCGGACCCAUGCGGCUCCUGCGACUCCCGCGACUCCCAGGGGCCGCCACAGCCUGGGCCCGUGUCCCCCGUGUCCCCCGUGUCCCCUGGAGCCUCCACACGCCGCAGCUCCGCGGCCUCAGGUCCGCUGCUCAGGUCCGGUCUGACUUCAUCGAGUUCUACCGGGCCCGGGGCCAUGAGCUGGUCCCGUCCAGCCCGGUCCGGCCCCGCGCGGACCCGAGUCUGCUGUUUGUGAACGCGGGAAUGAACCAGUUUAAGCCCCUUCUGCUGGGCACAGCGGACCCGCGCACGCCGCUGUCGUCGCUUCGCCGUGCGGUGAAUUCUCAGAAGUGCGUACGCGCCGGCGGCAAGCACAACGACCUCGAUGACGUCGGCAAAGACCACUCCCACCACACCUUCUUUGAGAUGAUGGGCUCGUGGAGCUUCGGGGACUAUUUCAAGAGUGAGGCGUGCUCCAUGGCCUGGACUCUUCUCACAGAGGUCUAUCAGAUCCCCAAAGAGCGCCUGUACGUGUCCUUCUUCAACGGAGACCCAGGAUCUGGACUUCCCCCGGACCUAGAGACCAGAGAGGUGUGGCUACAGCUCGGCCUGCCCCCUCACAGGGUGCUCCCCUUCGGGCUGGAGGACAACUUUUGGGAGAUGGGGGACACUGGCCCCUGUGGCCCUUGCACCGAGAUCCACGUGGACCUGAGAGGGGCCCGAGACGCAGCUCCGCUUGUCAACCGAGGCUGUCCAGAGGUCCUCGAGAUAUGGAACCUGGUCUUUAUGGAGUACAACAGGCAGGCGGACGCGUCGCUCUGGCCCCUCCCCCUCCGCAGUGUGGACACUGGGAUGGGUUUGGAACGACUCGUCUCAGUUUUACAAAACAAGUCGUCAAACUACGACACAGAUCUGUUCCUCCCCCUGAUCCUGCACCUGCACCAGUUGUCAGGGGCGGUCCCAUACUCCGGGGGCCCGGGGCUCCUGGACACAGCGUACCGUGUGGUUGUGGAUCAUGUCCGAACUUUGGCCGUGUGCAUCGCUGACGGAGUCCACCCCGGGAUGAGCGGCGCUGAGCUGGUGUUGAGGAGGAUCUUGCGCAGGGCGGUGCGGUUCUCCCUGGAGGUCCUAAAGGCUCCUGAGGGCACUCUGGGGCGCCUGGUCCCAACUGUGGCUCAGAUUCUGAUUGUGGAGGUGAUAAACGAGAAUGAGGCACAGUUUCUGUCAUCCCUCAAACAAGGAACACGACUCAUCCAGAGAACGCUGCACAAGAUGGAGCCCGGAGCAGCGUUCCCCGCGUCUGUGGCCUGGUCUCUGCACAGAGACCUGGGUUUCCCUCUAGACCUUGUGGAUCUGGUUCUGACUGAAAGAGGAGUCCAAGUCGACCCAGAAGAACUGGACCAGAUCAAGGCCCAAAACAAGGUGGCGUCUGAUUCGCCAAGAGCUGAUGAUGUCACGACUCUGGACGUGGCGACUCUGAGCGAGCUUCAGCGGCGUGGAGUCCCUCACACCGACGAAUCUGCCGCGUACCAGUACUACAAACAGGACGGCAAGUACGUGUUUCCGUCCUGCUCGGCUCAGGUCCUGGCCCUGGUCUAUAACCGGACUUUGGUGGACCAGGUCUCAGAGGGUCUCUGUGGACUCAUUCUGGACCAGACCUGUUUCUACAGCGAAAAAGGAGGACAGAGUCCAGACCAGGGCUACCUCAGCACCCAGGAAGCGGUGCUCCCUCUCUCUGAUGUCACUUCCUGUGGGGGGUACGUCCUUCAUGUGGUCCAAGUCUCAGACCUGAUCCGGACCGGAGACCAAGUCCAGCUUCACCUGGACCAGUCGUCCCGCCUCUCUCUCAUGAUGAACCACACGGCGACUCACCUGUUGAGUUUUGCUCUGAGGCAGGUCCUGGGUCCAACUGUGCAUCAGCGCGGCUCCCACGUGUCUGUGGACAGACUGCGCUUCGACUACAGCACCAAGUCGGUCCUGAGUCCGUCUCAGCUGCUGCAGGUCGACCUGGUGCUGUGUGACCUGGUGCAGAGGGACUUGGAUGUUUUCUGUGAAGAGCUGAGUCUGAGGAGCGCCCUGAGCCUGAGGGGAGUCCGGACUGUGGACGAGGUUUAUCCAGACCCGGUGCGAGUGGUGUCCGUGGGCCGGUCCGCCUCAGACCUGCUCCAGGACCAGGGUCAGAACCAGAACUCGGGCCUAGAGACCUCCGUAGAACUCUGCUGUGGAACUCAUGUUCUCCAGAGCUCAGACCUUCAGGACGUCCUGGUUGUUUCAGAGCGACAGUUCAUCAAAGGAAUCAGCCGCAUCAUUGCUGUCACUGCCAACGCCGCCAAACAGGCCCGAGAGGUGGGUGUGGCCUUGGAGCAGGAAGUAGACUCUCUUUGGACGAGGGUCACAGGCUCCGCCCCCGACUCGCUGCAGGCUGCCGAGCGAUUGGCCAAAGAAGUCGGGCACCUAACCAAUGAGGUGGACGUCGGUCUCGUCCCUCAGUGGACACGCAGAGAGCUCCAGACCAAACUCAAGACUCUCCAGAGGAUCUGUAACACCAACCUCCGCAAGAUGGAGAGCAGACAGGGUUCCCUCGAGGCCCAGAUUCUGCUCCAGAAACACAGAUCUGAACGAGGACUAAUUGUGGACCUCGUCAGGACAGACUCUCUGUCGGUCCUGAUGAAGACCGUGAACCAGCUCAGCUCCUUACUUCCUGGCUCAUAUGUUUUCCUGCUGGCCCAGGUGCAUUCUGGGAAAGUCUUGUGCGCCUGCCAAGUCCCCAAGGGCGUGUCGUCUCUCUCAGCCUCUGAUUGGGCGCUGGCCGUGUGUGAGCGUUUCCGGGGCAAUGCGGGCGGCUCUGACCUCGUAGCGAAGGGGAUGGCGCACGCUGAUGACAUCAUGGCGGUGCUGGAGUGGGCGGAGCUUUAUGCCAAAGAGAAAAGGCAGCGGUGACCGUCGGCCAAUCGGGUUUCUCCGUUUUAGAAGAAACGCCGCCGUCAUGAACGAGAGAAUGUGAUUGGUUGUGUCAAAAUAUUUAAAUAAAUCAGAUUUUUAUA